ACCAAAUCAGUAAAAUGGUCCAUUUUAAGAUCUAAACACAUGUUUGGUCCUGCUCGAUGUCCUUUCCUUUCUCAGAGAGAGACAUAGAGAGAGACUUGAUCCUAAAUUUCCUGAACAAAGGUAUCGAUUGUGCUUGACAAAUCGGAGUUUCGAAGCAUUUGAUGAUGGGUCUUCAAUGAAAUUCCUAUCUCUCACUCCCCCAGUUAAGUCUCGCUUCCUUUUCUUCCACACGUUACAUUCUGCAACUGUAACAUGGAUCGUGGAUUUAGAUUUUUGUGUCAGGCAGAAACAAAGAGAUUGAUUUCAUUCUUAGGAAUAGCUGUAGCUCUAGUUCUAGUUGUUCAGUAUUCUGAGCUUCCAAAUAGUAAAUUGUUAUCUUCUCUCACUGCUAAGAUCACUAGUUUCACAAUGGAUAUAUCUUCAGUUAAUUCUAGAAUGGAGGGUAAUGACAUGCACCUAAAUGAUUCAAAUUCAAGCUCUGAACAUGUACCAAGUAGUCCUCAGUAUACCCCAUUAGAUCAAGUUAGUGCUUCAAUUAAUGCCCCUGCUCCAGAGAAUGUUAAAGGGCUUGGUAGUGUUGUUAUCCUUAAUAAUUUCACAACUAGAGAUGAUGGUAAUUCACCAAUGGGUAGUGUUGAGGGAAAAGAAAAAGAUACUAAUUUGACAUCACAAGGGGUUGCAUCUUCCCUGCUUGCACCACAACCUAUGGUUCCAUUGCCCAACAGAACAACAUCCUUGGAUUCAGAAAUAGAUUCUAGAAGUCCCAUGAUAUCUGUCAUUUCCUCUGCAACUUCAUUGGAGUCAAACAUGAGUGAUCCGGUCCGCAAGGAUGGAAACUCAGGUUCUUUGCAAGGUAGUGGUGUGACACUCGGUAACGGGAAGCCAGUGAGUACAAAGAAUUCCAAAAAGAAGUCAUCUAAAGUAGUUCCAAUAUCCGAGAUGAACUUACUGUUGCAGCGCAGUCACGCUUCUUCCCAGAUAGCGAAGUCAGCAGAGCUUUCAGCUGUUGAUCUGGAAAUAUUGCAUGUAAAGUCAGAGAUUGAAAAUGCACCUCUCAUUAUGAAUGAUUCAAGACUUUACUCCCCUUUAUACAGGAACAUUUCCAUGUUCAGAAGGAGUUAUGAACUAAUGGAGAAGAUGCUCAAAGUUUACAUCUACCAGGAUGGGGACAGACCAAUCUUUCAUGAGCCCUUACUGGAUGGAAUAUAUGCAUCUGAAGGGUGGUUCGUGAAAUUAAUGGAGGAAAACAAACAAUUUAUGUCUGGCGACCCCAGUAAGGCUCACUUGUUUUACAUACCUUUCAGUUCAAGAUUGUUGCAGUUAACUCUCUAUGUUAAAAAUUCACACAGACGUUCAAACUUAAUUGAGUACAUGAAAAAUUAUGUGGACAAGAUUGCUGGAAAGUACCCUUUCUGGAAUAGAACAAAUGGAGCAGAUCACUUUGUUGUUGCUUGCCAUGAUUGGGCUCCUGCAGAAACGAGAGGCCGCAUGCUUAAUUGCAUUAGAGCCCUCUGCAACGCUGACAUUGAAGUAGGAUUCAAGAUAGGAAAGGAUGUUUCUCUUGCAGAAACAUAUAUAAGAUCAGUUGAGAAUCCUGUCAAAAACAUAGGGGGAAACCCUCCUUCUCAGAGGUCUAUCCUGGCUUUUUUCGCCGGUGGUUUGCACGGUUAUGUUCGGCCUGUUUUGUUGAAGCACUGGGAGAACAAAGAACCUGACAUGAAAAUAUUUGGUCCAUUGCCGCAUGUCAGGGGUAAUGCCAACUACCUCCAGUUCAUGAAGAGCAGCAAAUUCUGCAUAUGUGCAAGAGGUCAUGAAGUUAAUAGCCCGCGCGUGGUUGAGGCUCUACUCUAUGAAUGCGUUCCAGUUAUCAUAUCUGACAAUUUUAUUCCGCCUUUGUUCGAGGUUUUAAACUGGGAAUCUUUUGCUGUGUUUGUGAUGGAGAAAGAUAUCCCUGAUUUGAGGAACAUCCUGCUUUCUAUAUCGGAAGAAAGGUACUUAGAGAUGCAUAAGCGGGUGAAAAAGGUACAAGAGCAUUUUCUCUGGCAUCCUGAGCCAGUAAAGUAUGAUUUGUUUCACAUGCUUCUUCAUUCAAUUUGGUACAAUAGACUUUUCCGAGUAGGUCAGAAGUGAUCUCAUGUAUCAAUUUUGUAGAAACUCAUUGUGUAAGAUUAAUAACUUGAUGUUGGUAGAUUGCACGAGUUAACAGGAGAAGCAAGAACAGAACAGGAUGAUGGAAGAAAAAUAAUUCAUUUGUUAGAGGGCCAUGAGGGCGAGCCUCGGGUUGUUGUCAUGUGACUUUGUGGUCACGUGUUCGAGCCGUGGAACUAUAUGCAAGGUAAAACUACCUACAUUAGAUUCACGAAGUGGGUUCAGCCCCUCCCAGGAAGUUUACCUUUUUUUAUGCACAGAGGGUCAUAUAUCCCUAGAAAGAAGAAAUCAUUAGAGUAUGAAAUCAUGAAGACCUAUUUUCUUAGUGC